AUGUUGGUGAACGUUGAGCCGUUCGGCUGGAGUCUCAACUACGGCCAAAGCGUUCGUGCCCCGGUGGGAGCCCCGCAUGCGGUGUCCGGAAGCCUGGUGCUCCAAGCGGUCAGUUCGGUCAAUCGUCCGCCGUCUGGUGAUCGCAACUAUCUGCCCGAAUGGGCCACGCUCAACACGUCUCCAUCAUCGUGCACGCCGCCGAACGAGCUGGAAGAUCGCUCACUCGUCAUGCCGCCUACGGUUCCCACUCAGCCUGUCCCAUCGUGUCCCAGCUCCGUUCUGAUCCACGAUCCAUUCAGCACGGAGGAACACAGCACGGUACUGCCGCACAAGAUGGAGCAACCUCCGAUGCUGGAGACUGAUUACUUUGGCACUGCGGAAGUUUCCGGUACAUUUGAUGUGACUCCGACGGGUGGCGAGUUCCGGUCGAUGAGGAGCGACUAUGUUGAUAUGCAACACGAUCAAAAUAUGCACAGUCUUAAUCCUAACGUGCUUCCGUCGACGCAGAUCGGUCCCUCUGUCGAAUACCACAUCUUCCAGGGUGACAAACAGCAGGCUGGCAUUGAUCCGUGCUACGGCGGUGACGUCAGCCUCUGCGACACCAGCUUGUGGGAGUACAUCCACAAGUGGGAGAGUCCCGAUUUCAAUGGCUUCGAGGACCCUUCCUACACGUUUGCUUGGCAUUCGAACGAGGAGCCGUCCUUGUUCUCCGGCAGCUUAGCCUCAGAGAGCAGCAAGGCGACCACCGAAGCUUGGACUCCCCCCACCGAUCCGAUGGGCAUCAGUGAUACCGUUAUGAUGCCUGAUCCAUGUGGCAGUGAUGUACACGAAGCCUACAGCCCCAUCAUGCAUAUUUCGACUCCUCUGUCGUUCCCUCAGCCCACGCUUCGCUCCGUGCCCGAGGUUGCCUUCAACCAAGACCGUCGCGAGCUCGCCACCACGCCGGCUGCGUUGUGCAGGCACACAGCGGUCCCAGCGACCUUGGACCCGCUCAAAGUCGCUCUCUACCACAUCCCUCAGCAGAUCAACGACGCUCCGGGCCCGACGGUCUUGCCUUUGUCGUCCGUUGAUGUGUGCUCGAGCCUUGCUCCCCCGCGCACUGUUGCCCCGUCCGAGCCCGCCGUUCAAGCUGCACCCGUCGCCGCCUCGACGCACACUCAUCGCACGACGGCCCGCAAGCCGAACAAGAAGGCGCCGAUCAGGAUCGAGAACGCGGCUCGGCAGCCGGCAAGCCAGCAAACGUGGUCGAAGGCUGCCACCGCCCCGCAACCGCUCGAUGGAGAGCUGUCGCACGACUGCGGUGGUUCGGGUUGCGGUUCGCAGCAUGACCCGCACAACGACUCCGCAUCGACUGGCUUGGAUCUGCUCCAUGGGCAACACGGAAGCUUGAUCCACGUGGAGCUUCCGCCAUCCAUCCCUGCAACAUGCACGGUGUUCAACAACGCCAUCGCCAGCAAUAGCAACGUUUCCGGCGCUACCAACACCACCCUUCUCCCUCGCGCCCCACGAGAACGACAGCUCAAACCUACCGGCAAACUCACCCCGAAGCGCAUGCGCACGUCCAAGUCUACGCGCAAGCCCAAGCUCAGCGUCCGCUACCCCUGCGGCAUGCCCGGGUGCAGCAAGACCUUCUCGAGCGCACACAACCUGAACGAGCACGGGCAGGUGCACGUCUUCCCGCGCGUGAAGGAGUUCAAGUGCCCCUUGCCUGCCUGCGUCGCCGAGCUGAGGGAAUACUAUUUCAAGAGGGACCUGCGCAGGCACAACCGCAAGGUGCAUCCGGAUCUGGUGCUGAAUGCUUGA